UUUCUUAUUCGGAGACAGAACCGAGGAGAGCUGCCGAAGAAGUGGCAGCCCUGCUCUUUUUGCCUCGCCUGGUAGGGUCAAAUUCUCCCCGGCGUGAUGUAGAUUCGCCGACUGACUCCGCUGGAGACUUCGCAGUGACAAAGCAGCUGAAGACAAACCCUGCUCCUGGGUCCUACGUCCGUCCAAGGAGCUGAACGGGGCACUCCUCAGGUCUCCUCCCCAGUGUUCCUCUCCGAGUCACUCCACAUUUAUUCCCGGGCGCCUGCUGCGUGCUAAGGCGUGGGGUCAAAGUGACCUGGAGUUAGUGCCCGUGCCCCCCAAGACCAAAGCAGGACACAUACAUUGCAAGGGAGUUUCUGGACUGUGAGCUAUUUCAGACCUCUGUUCUCAGGACCCAUUAUUUUAAUAGUCAGGAGACACACAUCUGGAAGGUACACACUAGACCGGAGGAGGAACGGGGAAUUUAAAGACUCCAGAUGACACCAGAGCUCCUUUUCAACAGCCUUCUCCAUUUCCUUUCUCAGAAAGUAGAGACAGACCUCAGAGACAGAUGAACACUGCUAUUUGCAUUUAAUUGGACACAAAAGAUGAAGAAGGAGAAGCAGUAUAUUCGCUGAGGAUUCUCUAUGCUUGCUGCUGCAGACCUAUGUCCUGAGGAAUUCUUCUGCUCCUUCUUGCUUAGGAGUCGAUCAGCCCUGUGGUCAGGCUCCUUUGGAAUUUGCCUAUCUUUCACCUUGUCGUUGCCAGAGGAAAUCCUGGUUGGAAUGUCACAGGGCAUCUCUGCCUGAUUACUAUGGAAGGUGAUAAACUGGCAGUCACUUUUUAAAGUUACAUCUCACUCACCCCCAGAAAACCAUUCUUUAACGUGAAUAGAAACCAAGCUCUUGUGAACACUUCUAUUGAACAUGACUCAUGGAGAAGAGCUUGGCUCUGAUGUGCACCAGGAUUCUAUUGUUUUAACUUACCUAGAAGGAUUACUAAUGCAUCAGGCAGCAGAGGGAUCAGGUACUGCUGUUGACAAAAAGUCUGCUGGGCAUAAUGAAGAGGAUCAGAACUUUAACAUUUCUGGUAAUGCAUUUCCCACCUGUCAAAGUAAUGGUCCAGUUCUCAAUGCACAGUCCUAUCAGGGAUCUGGCAUGCUGCAUCUCAAAAAAGCCAGACUCUUGCAGUCUUCGGAGGACUGGAAUGCCGCGAAGCGGAAGAGGCUGUCUGAUUCCAUCGUAAAUUUAAACGUGAAGAAGGAAGCUUUGCUAGCUGGCAUGGUUGACAAUGUGCCUAAAGGCAAACAAGAUAGCACAUUACUGGCCUCUUUGCUUCAGUCAUUCAGCUCUAGGCUGCAGACCGUUGCUCUGUCGCAACAAAUUAGGCAGAGCCUCAAGGAGCAAGGAUACGCACUCGGUCAUGAUUCUUUAAAAGUAGAGAAAGAUUUAAGGUGCUACGGUGUUGCGUCAAGUCACUUAAAAACUUUGUUGAAGAAAAGUAAAGCUAAAGAUCAAAAGCCUGAUACCAAUCUUCCCGAUGUAACUAAAAACCUCAUCAGAGACAGGUUUGUGGAGUCGCCACAUCAUGUUGGACAAAGCGGGACAAAGGUCAUGAGUGAACCGUUGUCAUGUGCUGCCCGAUUACAGGCUGUCGCAAGCAUGGUGGAAAAAAGGGCUAGUCCGGCCACUUCACCCAAACCUAGUGUUGCUUGUAGCCAGUUAGCGUUACUCCUCUCAAGUGAAGCCCAUUUGCAGCAGUAUUCUCGGGAACAUGCUUUAAAAACACAAAAUGCAAAUCAAGCAGCAAGUGAAAGACUUGCUGCCAUGGCCAGAUUACAAGAAAACGGCCAGAAGGAUGUUGGUAGUUUCCAGCUCUCGAAAGGAAUGUCGAGCCAUCUCAAUGGUCAGGCAAGAACAUCGUCGAGCAAACUAAUGGCGAGCAAAAAUACGGCAUUCCAAAAUCCAAUGGGUGUCGUUCCUUCUUCCCCCAAGAAUGCAGGCUAUAAGAACUCACUGGAAAGAAACAAUAUCAAACAAGCUGCUAGUAACAGUUUGCUAUUACAUCUUCUUAAAAGCCAGACCAUACCAAAGCCAAUGAACGGACACCACCAUAGUGAGAGAGGAGGCAUUUUCGAGGACAGUAGUACGCCCACAACUAUCGAUGAGUACUCUGAUAACAACCCUAGUUUCACAGAUGACAGCAGUGGCGAUGAAAGUUCUUACUCCAACUGUGUGCCCAUAGACUUGUCAUGCAAACAUCGAAUUGAGAAACCGGAACCUGACCAGCCUGUUUCCCUCGAUAAUUUAACUCAGUCCUUGCUAAAUACCUGGGAUCCCAAAGUCCCCACCACCGUAGAUAUCAAAGAAGAUCAAGAUACCUCAAGGAAUUCUAAGCUAAAUUCACACCAGAAAGUAACACUUCUUCAGUUGCUCCUUGGCCAUAAGAAUGAAGAAAACGUAGAAAGAAACAGCAGUCCUCAGGAAGUUCCCAGCGAUGUGCCCAAGUUCAGUACUCAGAAUUACACGAGGACUUCGGUCAUCGAAAGCCCCAGUGCAAACAGGACUACCCCCGUGAGCACUCCUCCAUUACUCGGCUCCACAAAACCAGAGUCUCCCAUCAAUCUCUCCCAACACUCUCUGGUCAUCAAAUGGAAUUCCCCGCCAUACGCCUGCGGCUCUCAGUCUGAAAAGCCAGCCAGUGCCGCAUCCAGCCACUUGAUGGACCUGACAAAGAGCAAUGAGUCGCACGGAGAGAAACCCGUGCAGAAUGAAGGCGCGCAAAACUCCGCAACUUUCAGUGCCAGUAAACUGUUACAGAACUUAGCUCAGUGUGGAAUGCAGUCCACCUCAGGAGAAGAGCAGAGACCCAGCAGGCAGCUGCUAAGUAUAAACACAGAGAGACCCGUGGGCGUGGUUGACAGAUUAAACAGUCCUCUGCUGGCAAAUAAAACAAACACGGUGGAGGAAAACAAGGCGUUGAGCAGCCAAGCAACAGGUCCCGAAUCAGGACUUUCUGGUUCUGAAAUAGAAAAUCUGCUUGAAAGGCGCACUGUCCUCCAGCUGCUCCUGGGAAACCCCAACAAAGGGAAGAAUGAAAAGAAAGAGAAGAUUUCUGUGAGAGACGAAAGUACUCAGGAACACACAGAUAGAGCUUUAAGUGAACAAAUACUGAUGGUCAAAAUCAAAUCUGAGCCUUGCGAUGACUUACAUACUCACAACUCAAAUGUGCACUUGACCCAUGACGCCAAGGGGGCCCCAUUCUUGGGUCUGGUGCCUCCCGUGCAGAGAAGCGCAGCUGCCUUACCCAUGUCCGAGGACUUUAAAUCGGAGCCCGUUUCACCUCAGGAUUUUUCUUUCUCAAAGAACGGUCUGUUGAGUCGACUGCUAAGACAAAAUCAAGAGAGUUACCUGGCGGAAGAUCUGGACAACAGUCACAGAAACAGUGAACUGACAAUUCUAGAAUCAAAGAACCUUUGCAUGGUCCCUAAGAAAAGGAAGCUCCAUACUGAGCCUUUAGAAAACCCAUUUAAGAAGAUGAAAAAUAACAUCGUCGACGCAGCAAAUAGUCACAGUGCCACAGAAGGACUGUAUGGGUCCUUGCUUAGCCAGCAAGAGCUGAAAUUGAGCAAAAAUGAUCUUGAACUUAAGUACCCUGCCAGUCAUGGUGCAGCCCCCGAAAGUGAACAUAGGAGUUGGGCCAGGGAGAGCAAAAGCUUCAAUGUCCUGAAGCAGCUGCUUCUCUCAGAAAACUGUGUAAGAGAUUUGUCCCAGCACAGGAGUAACUCUGUCGUCGAGAGUAAAAAGAAAGGACACAAAAAUAACGUGACCAAUAGCAAACCUGAAUUCAGCAUUUCUUCUCUGAAUGGACUGAUGUACGGUUCCCCUCAGCCCGGCGGCUGCAUGGAUAGCAGGACAUUUCCGUACCCAGGAGUAGUGAAAUCUCCCAUGAGUCCCCCUUUCCCCGAGCACUUGGGCUGUGCAGGGUCUAGACCAGAAUCUGGGCUUUUGAACGGGUGUUCCGUGACUGGUGAGAAGGGACCCAUUAAGUGGGUUAUCACAGAUGCGGAUAAGAAUGAGUAUGAGAAAGACUGUCCCAGGCUGACCAAAACUAACCCAAUACUGUAUUACAUGCUUCAGAAGGGAGGCAGUGCUGUUACCAGUCGAGAGACGCAGGACAAGGACAUUUGGAGGGAGCCUGCACCUGCCGAAAGUGUCUCACAGGUUACAGUCAAAGAAGAGUUACUUCCCACCGCAGAAACUAAAGCUUCUUUCUUUAAUCUAAGAAGCCCAUAUAAUAGCCAUAUGGGGAGUAACGCCUCUCGUCCACACAACGCCGACGGAGAAGUUUACGGACUGUUGGGAAACGUGCUAACAAUAAAAAAAGAAUCAGAAUAAAACGUACCUGCCAUCCAGCUUCGGAUCUUUUUAAAACUGCUUAGUAUGAACUUGCGAUCUGUAUAAAUAAGAGCAUGAUUUGAGAAAAGCAUGGUAUAAUUGAAACUUUUUUCAUUUUGAAAAGUAUUGGUUACUGGUGAUGUUUAAAUAUGCAUACUGCUUUUUGCUUUACGUUAGAUGUCAUGAGGAAACUACUGAACUAGCAAUUGGUUGUUUAACACUCUGUAUGCAUCAGACAACAACUGUGAGUAGCCUAUGAAUGAAAUUCUUUUAUAUUCAGAUAACAGGCAUAAAUGGAAAUGUAUAUCUCCAUCCAUAGUGGAUUAACGCAUUUUGCUGCCUUUAUUAGGGUACUUUAUUUUGCUUUUCAGAAGUCAGCCUGCAUAACACAUUUGUUUUUAAAUCCAAAUUGUUAAAUAACUCUUGAAAUGUUAAUUAUUGAGUAAAAAAAACCUAAUUCACUUUUCAUGAUCUGAUUCAGAAACAAAUUAGAAAAAGAAUAUGCUUACAUUUUUCACUUUUGCUAAAAAACAUAUUUAUUUUUAACUCUUGGAAGGGGUUUUGUGGUUCCCAAUGUGUCUGCCCCACCCCAGUCCUUUUCAAUAUCUAUUUCUUUAAACCUUGUACUACUUAGUAAAAAUUGAUUACAAUUGAUGGGAGUUUGAUAGAUCCUUCAAAAAAGGCAGAUUUCCAUUUUUGUAUUUUAGCUACUUUACUAAAUUAAUAUUCCUCCUUUUACAGAAUUAGGAAAGUUAACCAUUUACCUUCAGGUGGUUUCCUGAAUAGGUGAAUAUUUAAGAAGUUGUUUUUAACAGAAGCAAAAUGGCUUUUCUUUGGACAGCUUUCACCAUCUCUUGUAAAAGUCACUUCUCACCAUUUCUGUGGUACCUGUGAGUCUUACGACCAGGGUUUCUUAAAAGCUGGACUCAGACCACUUGCAUUAGAAUCAUCUGGAGCCCUUGUUUUAAAAUGCAGAUUCCUAGGCGGCAUCUCAGAUCUACAGAUCAAGAAGCUCUGCUAAGUGGACCCGGGAAUCUCCCACCUGCAUCUUAACACACUCCCUAGAUGUUUCUUCUGCAUGCUGAAGUUUGAGAACCAUUGCUUAUGACUUUUCUCAGAACACAGGAUUGUAAAAAAACAAAGAAAAAAAGAAAAA